AUGGUGAAUACUCCUCCUGGUUCUUUUCAUACUAGUAAUACUCCACCUCAUUCUGUGCAUGAUGAAGAAUCUGAAAGUGAAUCUAAUUUUAAAAUUACUGAAAUAAGCAAGUUAGAUUUGGGUGAUCCUUUGUAUUUGCAUGCUAGUGAUACUGUUAGUACUCCUUUAAUUGGUUUAAAAUUGCUUGGUACUGAUAAUUACAAGGUGUGGUCAUGUGUUAUGGAACUUGCUUUAUAUACUAAGAACAAAAUAGGGUUUAUUGAUGGAACUUGCUUGAAAUCUGUAGAUAAUCUUAUUCUAGCUAGUCAAUGGGAUAGAUGCAAUGUUGUUGUGCUUAACUGGAUUUUAGGUUGUGUUUCACAAGAACUUUAUCUUGUUCAAAUCUUCUCUAAAAAUGCUGCAAAUGUUUGGCAAGAACUUAAGGAUACAUACGAUAAGAUUGAUGGGUCUGUCAUUUUUAAUAUUCAUCAUAAAAUCAAUUCUUUGACUCAAAAUGGUGCUUCUCUGUCUGAAUAUUAUCAUAGUCUUACUUCUCUUUGGAAACAAUAUGAUUCUAUGUUUCUUAUGGGCUUGGAUGAUGUUUAUAUGGGUGUAAGGUCUAAUAUUCUAACUAAAGAACCUUUACCUAAUGUAAGGAUUGCUUAUGCAAUUAUUUUCAAAGAAGAAUCGCAUAGGGCUGGGUUAAGUAAUAAGGUUAAUUCUGCUAAUGUGUAUUCUGCAAAAAGCAAUUUCAACAGAAACAAUUCUUCUAAACCUUCUAAACCUCCUUUUGAUACAAAAAAGACUUUUGAUAAUAAUUUUGAAUCAAAAAGAACUUUUGAUAACAAUGCUAGAACAUUCAAACCUCCUAAUCUUAAUCUUCAAUGUACAAACUCUCAUAGAAUUGGACAUACUAUUGAAAGGUGUUUUCAGUUGGGAUAUAAAAGGCCUAAUCAUCAGAAUAAUUCUAAAUUCUCUAACAAUCAUGUGAGUGUGGAUUCAAAGUCUGCUUAUUCUGGUAAUAAUGUGAAUGAUUCUGCUCUGUCUUCUUUAACUAUUGAUCAAAUAUCUAAGUUGUUGAGUUUAAUAGAGAAUCAUUCUUCCUCUCCUUCUACAUCUACUUCUGCUGGUUUGCAUGCCAAUAUGGCAGGUAUGCCUUUGUGCAGCAAUUCUUGGUUCUUUAGUUGUCAUACUGCUUUAUAUAAUGCUAUUCUUGCUUGGAUUAUGGAUUCUGGUGCAAAUCAGCAUAUGACUAAUUCUGAAAAAGGACUUUCUAAUAUUGUUGAUAUUUAUGAUCUUAAUCUUAAAAUUGGACAUCCAAAUGGUACUUGUGCCGUUGUAACCAAAAUUGGUAAUCUUCAUUUAAAAAAUGGAAUUGUUCUUUUUGAUGUUCUUGUUGUACCUAAAUACAAUGUGAAUCUUAUGUCUGUUCAGAAACUUGCUAGAGAUAAUAAGUUGUAUAUAGGAUUUGAUGAAGAUAAGUGUUACAUACAGGAUUUACUUCAAAAGAAUGUUCUGGGGACUGGUAGUCAACAUGGUGGUUUAUACUUCUAA